CACUGCGACUGACCACUUGUGCCUGGGAAGUCAGCCUCCUUUCCUUCCUUGGGCCCCUGGCAUGCAUGUGCCUUGCACGGCCAGGGACUCGCAGCUGUUCUAGUUGUAGACUUUCUGAGUUGCGUUGUCAGCCGAGAAUGCAGGCUGAUAAAUGCAGGACCAGUGGUAGAAAUGUCAAAAAGGAGCUGGUGAUUGAGUCCCCCCUGCAGUACAAGGAUGCAGCUCAGGGAGACGUGGAGGCAGAGAGCCCAGACCCCGUGCUGGCAAAGCCAAAGCUAAUAGAGCCACUUGACUAUGAAAAUGUCAUCGUGCAAAAGAAAACUCAGAUCCUGAACGACUGUUUGAGGGAGAUGCUCCUUUUCCCUUACGAUGACUUUCAGACGACCAUUCUUAGACGACAGGGCCGGUACGUGUGCUCCACAGUCCCUGCCAGCGCAGCAGCGGAAGCACAGAGCUUAUUCGUUACAGAGUGCAUCAAAACCUAUAACUCUGACUGGCAUCUCGUGAAUUAUAAAUAUGAAGAUUACUCAGGAGAGUUUCGACAGCUUCCAAACAAAGUGGCCAAGCUGGAUAAACUUCCAGUUCAUGUCUAUGAAGUUGAUGAGGAGGUCGACAAAGAUGAGGAUGCUGCCUCCCUCGGUUCUCAGAAGGGUGGGAUCACCAAGCACGGCUGGCUGUACAAAGGCAACAUGAACAGUGCCAUCAGUGUGACCAUGAGGUCAUUUAAGAGGCGGUUUUUCCACCUGAUUCAACUUGGGGAUGGAUCCUAUAAUUUGAAUUUUUAUAAAGAUGAAAAGAUCUCCAAAGAACCAAAAGGAUCAAUAUUUCUGGAUUCCUGUAUGGGUGUGGUUCAGAACAACAAAGUCAGGCGUUUUGCUUUUGAGCUCAAGAUGCAGGACAAAAGUAGCUACCUUUUGGCAGCUGACAGUGAAGUGGAAAUGGAAGAGUGGAUCACUAUCCUGAACAAGAUUCUCCAGCUUAACUUUGAGGCCGCAAUGCAAGAAAAGCGCAAUGGAGACUCUCAUGAAGAUGAUGAGCAAAGUAAAUUGGAAGGUUCUGGUUCCGGUUUAGACAGCUACCUGCCUGAACUUGCCAAGAGUACCAGAGAAGCGGAAAUCAAACUGAAAAGUGAGAGCAGAGUUAAACUUUUUCACUUGGAUCCAGAUACCCAGAAGCUUGACUUCUCAUCAGCUGAGCCAGAAGUGAAGCCAUUUGAAGAGAAGUUUGGGAAAAGGAUUCUUGUCAAGUGCAAUGAUUUAUCUUUCAAUUUGCAAUGCUGCGUGGCUGAAAAUGAAGAAGGACCCACGACAAAUGUAGAGCCUUUCUUUGUUACUUUAUCCCUGUUUGACAUAAAAUACAACCGGAAGAUUUCUGCUGAUUUCCACGUGGACCUGAACCACUUCUCAGUGAGGCAGAUGCUGGCCACCACGUCCCCAGCUCUGAUGAACGGUGGUGGGCAGAGCCCGCCUGCCCUUCAGGACAGCCUUCACGAAGCCGCCAUGCAGUAUCCGAAGCAGGGAAUAUUUUCGGUCACGUGUCCUCACCCAGAUAUAUUUCUCGUGGCCAGAAUUGAAAAGGUCCUUCAGGGCAGCAUCACACACUGUGCUGAGCCGUAUAUGAAAAGUUCAGACUCCUCGAAGGUUGCUCAGAAGGUGCUGAAGAAUGCCAAGCAGGCAUGCCAAAGACUGGGACAGUACAGAAUGCCAUUUGCUUGGGCAGCAAGAACAUUGUUUAAGGAUGCAUCUGGAAACCUCGACAAAAAUGCCAGAUUUUCUGCCGUCUACAGGCAAGACAGCAAUAAGCUAUCAAAUGACGACAUGCUCAAGUUGCUUGCAGACUUUCGGAAACCUGAGAAGAUGGCGAAACUCCCAGUGAUUUUAGGAAAUCUAGACAUUACAAUUGAUAACGUUUCCUCAGACUUCCCCAAUUAUGUUAAUUCCUCAUACAUUCCAAUGAGGCAAUUUGAGACUUGUACUAAAACUCCAAUUACGUUUGAAGUAGAGGAAUUUGUGCCCUGCAUACCAAAGCACACUCAGCCUUACACUGUCUACAACAGUCACCUUUAUGUUUAUCCUAAAUACUUGAAAUACGACAGUCAAAAGACUUUUGCCAAGGCCAGAAAUAUUGCUAUUUGCAUCGAAUUCAAAGAUUCAGAUGAGGAAGAUUCUCAGCCCCUGAAGUGCAUUUACGGCCGGCCUGGCGGGCCAGUGUUCACAAGAAGCGCCUUUGCUGCUGUUUUACACCACCACCAAAACCCCGAGUUUUACGAUGAGGUUAAAAUAGAAUUGCCCACCCAGCUCCACGAAAAGCACCAUUUGUUGUUCACGUUCUUCCACGUCAGCUGUGAUAACUCGAGUAAAGGAAGCACGAAGAAGAAGGACGUGGUGGAAACACAAGUUGGAUAUUCCUGGCUCCCUCUCCUGAAAGACGGAAGGGUGGUGACCCACGAGCAGCACAUCCCAGUCUCCGCUAAUCUUCCUUCCGGCUACCUUGGCUACCAGGAGCUUGGCAUGGGCAGGCAUUAUGGUCCAGAAAUUAAAUGGGUGGAUGGAGGCAAGCCACUGUUGAAAAUUUCAACUCAUCUGGUUUCUACAGUGUACACUCAGGAUCAGCAUUUACAUAAUUUUUUCCAGUACUGUCAGAAAACCGAAUCCGGAGCUCAAGCCUUAGGGAGUGAACUUGUGAAAUACCUGAAGAGUCUACAUGCGAUGGAAGGCCACGUGAUGAUCGCCUUCUUGCCUACCAUCCUAAACCAGCUAUUCCGAGUCCUCACCAGAGCCACACAGGAAGAAGUCGCAGUCAACGUGACUCGGGUCAUUAUUCAUGUGGUUGCCCAGUGCCAUGAGGAAGGAUUGGAGAGCCACUUGAGGUCAUAUGUUAAGUAUGCUUAUAAGGCUGAACCAUAUGUUGCUUCCGAGUAUAAGACAGUGCAUGAAGAACUGACCAAAUCCAUGACCACAAUCCUCAAGCCUUCUGCCGAUUUUCUCACCAGCAACAAGCUACUUAAGUAUUCAUGGUUUUUCUUUGAUGUGCUGAUAAAAUCCAUGGCUCAGCAUUUGAUAGAGAACUCCAAAGUUAAGUUACUUCGAAACCAGAGAUUUCCCGCAUCCUAUCACCAUGCCGUGGAAACUGUCGUGAAUAUGCUGAUGCCACACAUUACUCAGAAGUUCCGGGAUAACCCUGAGGCAUCUAAGAAUGCAAAUCACAGCCUUGCCGUCUUCAUCAAGAGAUGUUUCACCUUCAUGGACAGGGGCUUUGUCUUUAAGCAGAUCAACAACUACAUCAGCUGCUUUGCUCCUGGAGACCCAAAGACCCUCUUUGAAUACAAAUUUGAGUUUCUCCGUGUGGUGUGCAAUCAUGAACAUUAUAUUCCCUUGAACUUACCGAUGCCAUUUGGAAAAGGCAGGAUUCAAAGAUACCAAGAUCUCCAGCUUGACUACUCGUUAACAGAUGAGUUUUGCAGAAACCACUUCUUGGUGGGACUGUUACUGAGAGAGGUGGGGACUGCCCUCCAGGAGUUCCGGGAGGUCCGUCUGAUCGCCAUCAGUGUGCUCAAGAACCUGCUGAUAAAGCAUUCCUUUGAUGACAGAUACGCAUCAAGGAGUCAUCAGGCGAGGAUAGCCACUCUCUACCUGCCUCUGUUUGGGCUGCUUAUUGAAAACGUCCAGCGGAUCAACGUGAAGGAUGUGUCCCCCUUCCCCGUGAACCCAGGCAGCACCAUGAAAGACGAAUCCCUUGCUCUGCCCACUGUGAACCCCCUAGUGACGCCGCAGAAGGGAAGCACGCUGGACAACACCCUGCACAAAGACCUCCUCGGCGCCAUCUCCGGCAUCGCUUCUCCAUAUACAACUUCGACUCCAAACAUUAACAGUGUGAGAAAUGCUGAUUCGAGAGGAUCUCUCAUAAGCACAGAUUCGGGUAACAGCCUUCCAGAAAGGAAUAGUGAGAAGAGCAAUUCCCUGGAUAAGCACCAACAAAGCAAUACUUUGGGAAAUUCCGUGGUUCGAUGUGACAAACUUGACCAAUCUGAGAUUAAGAGCCUACUGAUGUGUUUCCUCUACAUUUUAAAAAGCAUGUCUGAUGAUGCUUUGUUCACGUAUUGGAACAAGGCUUCAACGUCUGAACUUAUGGAUUUUUUUACAAUAUCUGAAGUCUGCCUGCACCAGUUCCAGUACAUGGGGAAGCGAUACAUAGCCAGGAACCAGGAGGGGUUGGGACCCAUAGUUCAUGAUCGAAAAUCUCAGACCUUGCCUGUUUCCCGUAACAGAACAGGAAUGAUGCAUGCCAGAUUGCAGCAGCUGGGCAGCCUGGAUAACUCUCUCACUUUUAACCACAGCUAUGGCCACUCGGACGCCGACGUCCUCCACCAGUCGUUACUCGAAGCCAACAUCGCUACCGAGGUUUGCCUCACGGCCCUGGACACGCUCUCUCUGUUCACACUGGCAUUUAAGAACCAGCUCUUGGCUGAGCAUGGCCACAAUCCUCUCAUGAAGAAGGUUUUUGAUGUCUACCUGUGUUUCCUUCAAAAGCAUCAGUCUGAAACAGCUUUAAAGAGUGUCUUCACUGCCUUAAGGUCAUUAAUUUACAAGUUCCCCUCUGCGUUCUACGAAGGGAGAGCAGACAUGUGCGCGGCUCUGUGCUAUGAGAUCCUCAAGUGCUGCAACUCCAAGCUGAGCUCCAUCAGAACCGAGGCCUCGCAGCUGCUCUACUUCCUCAUGCGGAACAACUUCGACUACACGGGGAAGAAGUCCUUUGUCCGGACACAUUUGCAAGUCAUUAUCUCCGUCAGCCAACUGAUUGCCGAUGUUGUUGGCAUCGGGGGGACCAGAUUCCAGCAGUCCUUGUCUAUCAUCAACAACUGUGCCAACAGUGACCGGCUCAUCAAGCACACCAGCUUCCCGCCUGCUGUGAAGGACUUGACCAAGAGGAUCCGCACGGUCCUGAUGGCCACUGCCCAGAUGAAGGAGCACGAGAACGACCCGGAGAUGCUCGUGGACCUUCAGUACAGCCUGGCCAAGUCCUAUGCCAGCACCCCCGAGCUCAGGAAGACGUGGCUCGACAGCAUGGCCAGGAUCCACGUCAAAAACGGGGAUCUCUCGGAGGCAGCGAUGUGCUAUGUCCACGUGACAGCCCUGGUGGCCGAGUAUCUCACACGGAAAGGCAUGUUUAGACAAGGAUGCACAGCCUUCAGGGUCAUUACUCCAAACAUAGACGAAGAGGCCUCCAUGAUGGAAGACGUCGGAAUGCAGGACGUUCACUUCAACGAGGACGUGCUGAUGGAGCUCUUGGAGCAGUGUGCAGAUGGACUCUGGAAAGCAGAGCGUUAUGAGCUGAUUGCUGACAUCUACAAACUCAUCAUCCCCAUUUAUGAGAAGCGCAGGGAUUUUGAGAGGCUGGCCCAUCUAUAUGACACGCUGCACCGAGCUUACAGCAAAGUGACUGAGGUCAUGCACUCUGGCCGCAGGCUCCUGGGGACCUACUUCCGGGUAGCUUUCUUUGGGCAGCAAUACCAGUUUACAGACAGUGAAACAGAUGUGGAGGGAUUCUUUGAAGAUGAAGACGGAAAGGAGUAUAUUUACAAGGAACCCAAACUCACGCCUCUGUCAGAAAUUUCCCAGAGACUCCUUAAACUUUACUCAGAUAAAUUUGGUUCUGAAAAUGUUAAAAUGAUACAGGAUUCUGGCAAGGUCAACCCUAAGGAUCUGGAUUCCAAGUAUGCCUAUAUCCAGGUGACUCAUGUGACCCCAUUCUUUGAUGAAAAAGAAUUGCAAGAAAGGAGAACAGAAUUUGAAAAAUCUCACAACAUUCGCCGCUUCAUGUUUGAGAUGCCCUUUACCCAGACCGGAAAAAGGCAAGGCGGAGUAGAAGAACAGUGCAAACGGCGCACCAUAUUGACAGCAAUACACUGCUUCCCGUACGUGAAGAAGCGAAUCCCUGUCAUGUACCAGCACCACACGGACCUGAACCCCAUCGAGGUGGCCAUUGAUGAGAUGAGUAAGAAGGUGGCCGAGCUGCGGCAGCUGUGCUCCUCGGCCGAAGUGGACAUGAUCAAGCUGCAGCUCAAGCUCCAGGGCAGUGUGAGCGUCCAGGUCAAUGCUGGCCCACUAGCAUAUGCGCGAGCUUUCUUAGAUGACAUGAACACAAAAAGAUAUCCUGACAAUAAAGUGAAGUUACUUAAGGAAGUUUUCAGGCAAUUUGUGGAAGCUUGCGGUCAAGCCUUGGCGGUAAAUGAGCGUCUGAUUAAAGAAGACCAGUUAGAGUACCAGGAAGAAAUGAAGGCCAACUACAGAGAGAUGGCCAAAGAGCUUUCUGAAAUCAUGCAUGAGCAGAUUUGUCCCCUGGAGGAGAAGACGAGCGUUUUACCAAACUCGCUUCACAUCUUCAACGCCAUCAGCGGAACGCCAACAAGCACCAUGGUUCACGGGCUGACCAGCUCAUCCUCAGUUGUGUGAUGGCGCCUCGCGGACCUUGUGUGGAGACUCGCUUUGUCGUUUGCAAACUCAGGAUGCAUUCCAUUUCCAAAGCUCAUCACUGGGAAGACCAGGCACAGGGAGAAGCUGAGGGAAAUGGCAGAGAACGGAAAGAAAGAACUCUGUUACUUCAUAGCAGGUUUUCUAUAGGAGGCAAAGAGGGCGCACGUAUUUUUUUACAUCUCACUGGUAAUAUUCAGAGUUUUCAUUGUGUCUUAACAGAAGUGUGUGGUGGACACUCUUAAGCUGGGGUUAAAUUUUAUUCUUCCAUACAGAGUAGUAUUAAAAUAAAUGGCCUAAAGAAAAAAAAGUGUUCUGGAAUGUAUAUAGCCGGGACAGAAGCACUGAAAUUGAGGCCGGGAGGAUCUUUUUGCCUCUAGGCUAAGCUGGAAAAUCUUGAAAAUAUUUUUUUUUUUCCUGUGGCACAUUCAGG